GGCCAAUUUCCAAAGAGGAAGCAAAGACGAGUCCUUGGAAGACCUCUUCCGAUACAAUCUUCAUCCCGAAUCAUCCCGCAUUCAAAUUUGAUAGUAUUUUUAGAGAAGAUUGCAAAACUAUCGAUGUGUAUGAAGCUAGAACUAAGGAGAUUGUGUCUGCUUCUGUUCGUGCUUUCAACGUGGUAAGACACAUACAAUGAGAGGCUCACCUAUUGAACCUGGAAUCAUCUCUCUUGCUGUUCAUGAUUUUUUUGAUAUUAUAUCUCAGGAUGCGAGCAGGGAUUUUUUGCUGCGUAUGUUGUACUUGGAGAUCUAUAAUGAAAACAUAAACGAUUUGUUGGAUCCUUGCAACCGGAAACUUCAGAUUCAUGAGAAUCUUGAGAAAGGAGUGUUUGUAGCUGGAUUACGAGAAGAUUUUGUUGAUUCCCCUCAACAAGUUCUUGAAUUGAUGGAACUUGGAGAAUCUCAUAGACAUAUUGGGGAGACUAAUAUGAAUCACUACAGUAGUCGAUCUCAUACUAUAUUCCGCAUGAUUAUAGAAAGUAGACAGAGGAUGCAAGGUGAAGGUAUUGGAAACGUUUGUGAUGCAGUCCGUGUUUCUGUUCUGAAUGUGGUGGAUCUAGCUGGUUCAGAACGGGCUGCAAAAACUGGUGCAGAGAGUGUUAGGCUGAAAGAAGGCACACAUAUAAACCGAAGCUUGAUGACACUCGGGACCGUUAUUAAAAAGUUGAGUGAAGGAGUUGACCGUCAAGGUGGACAUAUCCCAUAUAGAGACAGCAAGCUUACAAGGAUCUUGCAGCCAGCUUUAGGUGGAAAUGCAAAUACAGCAAUCAUAUGCAAUGUAACACUUGCACUGGUUCAUGUAAAUGAAACCAAGAGCAGUCUUCAAUUCGCUAGCCGAGCACUGCGUGUCACUAACUGUGCACAUGUUAAUGAGAUAUUGACUGAUACUGCAUUAUUAAAGCGCCAAAGUAAGGAGAUAGAGGAGCUAAGAUCCAAACUUAAGAUUGAAAACGAGUUAAACAGAGUUCAAAGGGAGUAUGAGGAUCUUCUCGUGCAAUAUGAAACGAGAGAACCAUCAACGAGAUACAAAUUGAGUUUCUUAAGGCAAAGUUGGGUGAAGCAAAAAGCAACCAUUUAGUAUGUGAAGUCCUUGGAAAUAUGCACUGCAAUGAGAACGUUGUAAUCAGGGAUCCAGAAGCUAUUCUUGUUGUUAAGCAACUCAUGGAUAAGAUGGACAAGCUGGAAAUGGAGAAAUCUUCAUUGAAGCAAAAAGUUGUUGAUACUGAGACUGAGAAGCUUCUUUGGCAAGAGCAGUGUGCUGAUUUGCAGAGACAAAUAGAAGAAUUUAAUCAGGAAGCCCAAAAAGAGCAGGCAUGUGGUUUCACACCGUGUACAGAUUCAAUCAAAGUCAGGGCCUGUGGUAGAGCACCAGCAGAAACAACAGAGGCUUCAGUUUCAGCAAAAAUCGUCGAUGUUGAUAAAAUUAUGGAUGUUGAUGAAAUCAUCUAUCUUGAUGACGACUAAUGAUGGAAUUGCAGUAGAAUGGACAUGCAUGGUCAUAAUAUGAUCAAAUCGUUGAUUUUUAAAAAUAGCUUUGGUCCUCUAAUCUCUCAAUAAUGUGUAAA